CGGCCACCAACACUGCUGACGAUUACCUCAGCCGCUCCUGGGCCUCCCCGUGUAGCCGUAGCGAGCAGCACCGAUGAAGGCCGGCACGGCACGCGACACCAGUGUUGGUGGCCGUGAGCGGGAAUCGAACCCUGGGUGGCAAGUGUGCCGCUGGAGCCACGCUGCGAGCUGCGUGCUGAGGAGCGCCUCUCUGCACGAAGCCUCCUGGAGCCUCUCCCGGAGCAGUCACCAUGGAGGCUCAUGGGCUGCGCAGUACCUCACGCACCCUCGUGGCGCUGCUCGUGACGAGCUACGCGUUCCUCACGUCUGGGCCCACGGAGGAGAAGAAUUUCUCCCCGAACUGGCUGGUUAACCUGGGGGGAGCCUGGGAGGUCCAACCGCCACAGGCCGGGCAGCCUCUACCUCUCGCCAAAGCGACCGUGGCUGUCCACAUCAGCGACCGGCUCGCAGAUCACGAAGCCAAGAGGGAGCCUCGAGUCGCUUCCUCUCCCAGCCAUGGCGUGGAGGUUCCCCAAGGAGGAGGAGGAGAAGACGACGACCCAGCUCCCUUAGGGUGGAAGACCUUCAUGGAGAUGCUGCACAGCAGGCCGGUGGCCAUCGCCUACGAGGUGGCGAGUGCAGGGAUCGCCCUCCUCAGCCUCGGAGUGUGGCUGAAGAAUGCAGUGUGGCGUCCGCGACCUCCUGCCAUGCCAGCGAUGGCCGUCCACACCACCAACCUCCCGAAACAAAAGGCUCGGUCGAACUUGGCCGAAAUGGUACCUCAAGCAGCUUCUUCUUUAGGCUGUUGGAUGACGGUUCCGCAAGAUGGAGAAUACCCGUCUCCCUCAAGGUGGACGACCUUGAUGAAGAUGCUGCACAGUGGGCCGGUGGCCAUCACUUACCACGUGGAGAGCACGGGGAUCACCAUUACCAGCCUAAGAGUCUGGCGGAAGAAUCAACUGAAGUCAUCGCAACGUGGACGAGUUUACCGAAGCCGCCACAUGAGAGGAUCCAUGUGGAAAUUGGCUCGGGGCAAGCGCCACCCCAUGAAAAUCAAGAGGACCCACAGAUCCCUCAAGACUCGGCUGGAUGGCUGCUCCAUGAUGAAUAGCUCUCUGUUGGAGCCUGGGACGCGUCACGCAGCCGCCCCUACCUGCUGCCGGUGUGCGGACACGCGUCUUGUGUGGAGCAUGCCUGCAGGACAAAGCCUGAAGUAG